UCGGAGACUGUAGACGAACGAAGGCCCAUAUUCAGCAUCGCGCACAUGGUCAACUCGAUAGAAGAGAUCGAUUACUACUUGGAACUCGGGGCUAACGGGAUCGAAGCUGACGUGGUAUUUGCUGCCAACGGAACAGUGCUGCGCCUCCACCAUGGUGUGCCGUGUGAUUGUUUUCGGAGGUGUUAUCAAAGCGCUGUUUUUACCGAUUAUUUGGAUCAUGUCCGCAAUUUGAGAUCUUCAAGAGGCAGAGGCUUCAUCAUGCUCAUGUUAGACUUGAAGCUAGAGAACUUCGAAAUGUCUCUAGAGGCUCAACGAUUCGCUGGGAGAGAUCUGUUUUCUAAGCUGGUCGAUCAUCUGUGGCACGACGUGCCCGCGACGGAACGACUGCACGUCCUGCUUUCGAUACCGAGCGUCAGAAGGCGAUAUUUUUUCGGUGGAUUGCUAGAAGAAAUGAGUGCAGAGAAAAAAGAGGACUAUCGAAACCAAAUCGCAUUCGACGUGGGAAUGAAUGGCGCUCCGCACGAAAUCGAAUCCAUGUACACUUCAUUGGGCAUCUCUGAACGUAUUUGGCAGGGCGACGGCAUCUCGAACUGCUUUAUUCAGAUGCGACCAGACCGGCGUCUGCGAGAAGUCCUGGCACUGCGCGAUGAACCGAAGGGGUACGUGCACAAGGUCUACUACUGGACGGCCGAUAUGACGACCACUAUUGAGCAUGGUCUCGCGAUGGGGGUGGACGCUUUCAUCACGAAUCAUCCUGAGCGAGUCAACCGGCUCGUGAGCGCCAACUCUCGAAUGUAUCGUCUCGCGAACGGAAGCGAUGUUCCAUGGGAGAAAAUUAUCUCCAAGAGUACCCCGGGUGACCCGUCGGGCUACCUUCAGAUGUGGAGCGAUACGUGGUCGAACAUUUCGGAUAUGGCUUCCCAGGCCGGGGUUUACGUCUCGAAAUUUUUCAUGCUAGGAAGAUAGGAAGAGGAUCAACAAUCCCAGAUUGGGACCAGAGUCUCCGAAGAAGUCUGUUUCCUUCCUCGCGAGUCGCCGCAUCGGUAGUUUUGCUACGGAUUUUCAACAU